AUGGGAAAUGGGAGGCUCUUCAAAGGCUUUAACGACGAUGAUGGAUGGGUGCUUGAGCGUCGUGGUAGAGUUAGGAAGAGUAUUAUGGCACAUGAGGAGUGGCUUGAGGAAUAUAUCAGUUCGUUUCGAGAUCUUGAGGAUGUCUUGGCGAUUGAUGUUGAAGCUGAACUAGAGGCGUAUGGGAGGGGGGAAGAGGUGCCGACCGCUGAAGAGGUCAAAAGAGUUGUCAGUGAGAAACUACGUCGAAGAGAGGAAGUCUUGGUGAGAAUACCGGGACGUUCAGUGAGGUGUGGUAUGUUUAAAAUUGAAUUCGGGGACAUCGCGCGGGAUCUGGCUGCGAGGCUUUUUGAGGUGGCGGAGGGGAUAUUGGGGAUUGAGGCGGAGCGAUUAGAGGAGAGGAUGAAUUCUGAAGUGCUGCCGAAAUUUGAACGUUUUAAGGAAAGGCUUGAGUGUAAAAUUCCGGAUAUUGAAACGGUGUCGGAAAUAUCGGAAUUUUUGACCCACUUACCGGUUGAGGUUGGUAAAGUGCAGAAGGAAAUUGAGGAGUGUGUUGAGAUGUAUGAGGCUUUGGAGACGUUUGGGACGCUUUAUCCACUCGAUGAGAAUGCCUUGAAUGAGCGGUGGAAAAUGUUCGGCCGACCUAGGGAAAUUAUGUCGCUCGCCACGAAAUUAUCUGAGAAACUUGUGGUAUAUCGGGAGAAGUUCCUCAAGAAGCAAAUGUCGGGGCAAGACGCUUUCGAAAAGGUGAUUGAAAAUCUUGAGGAAGAAGUUGCGGCAUUUUCAGCACAUGAUGAACUUUCUGAAGUGGAGAGGGUGUCAGCACUACUGGAGGACCUACAGGAUCGGCUUGAGAAUGCGGUUNNNNAGUUGUAUGGUGCUUUUGAUGAGGUUACUCACGAGUGGAGCGAUGGGAUCGCAUCGGAGCUGCUGCGAAGAGCAGUGAAUAAUAAUAAGUCGGGGAGCUCGGAUAACCAAUGGGUCAUCUUUGAUGGACCGGUGGAUGCCUUGUGGAUCGAAUCGAUGAACACUGUACUGGAUGACAAUAAGAAGCUUUGUCUAACGAGUGGCGAGAUCAUCUCCCUCACUCCGGAGGUACGGAUGAUUUUCGAAGUAGAGGACUUGGCAGUGGCCUCGCCGGCCACAGUGAGUCGGUGUGGUAUGGUGUUUAUGGAGCCGACGGCGCUGGGGUUGGAGCCUCUGGUGAGAUCGUGGAUCGACAGGUUGCCUGGCGGGUUUACGGAUGAUAUCAAGAAGCAUUUGUUGAGGUGGACGAAGGACUUCUGUUUGCCGGCUAUCACAUUCGUGAGAAGAAAUACCAGUGAAAUUGCAAGUACGGUUGAUAACAACUUGCUGUCCUCUUUCUUUCGCCUUAUGGACUGCUUCUUCGAGCAGUAUGAGGAGACUGAAGGCCGCAAGGUCACCGAUGCAGACAUAUCAAAACUCGCUGCCAGCUACCUCCAAGAUAUAUUCCUCUUCUGUGCCGUCUGGUCCAUUGGAGCCUCUUGUGAUGCGGCCAGUCGUCCUAAGUUCAGCGAAUGGUUCAUCCAACAUGGCGAGGACUUGGGCUUCGACAGAACCUUGCUGAGGAUGAACACUACGGGCUGUGUUUAUGAAAUGUGUUGUUGUCCAUUCGAAGAGGAGGAGAGUCAAGUUCCUGGCUACAAGUGGAAGAGAUGGUUAGAUAUCGUGCCUCAGUUCAAGAUCCCCCGAAACGCUGCCUACGACGCCAUUGUGGUACCAACGGUCGACAGUAUUCAGCUCACGCACGUUAUGGCGAAGUUAGUGAUGGGCAACAACCACGUAUUGAUCUUUGGCAACACUGGCACUGGAAAGAGCAUUCAUACGGCGCAGUGGUUGCAGAAGGAAGCGCCUGCUAACUAUCAAAGUGUUUUUGUCAACUUCUCCGCACAAACUCAUGUGAACCAACUCCAAGAUUUGAUCGAUUCUAAAACGGAGAAGCGAAGAAGAGGCGUGUUUGGUCCGCCAGCAGGGAAGCAGUUGGUCAUAUUCGUAGACGAUCUCAACAUGCCGCAGAAGGAGUACUAUGGUGCUCAGCCUCCCAUAGAGUUGCUGAGGCAAUGGCACGACCAUGGAGGGUGGUAUGAUCGUAAGGAGCUCACCUUCCAGGAAAUCAUCGAUACAACAUUUAUAACGGCGAUGGGUCCUCCGGGAGGCGGUAGAACAUUCAUUACGGAGCGGCUGAAGAGGCAUCAUAAUAUGAUAUGCGCGAUCGAUAUGCAGCGCUCUUCGGUGGAGUCGAUUUUCAAGACUAUUGUUGAGUAUUUCUUGAUGGGCUUUGAUGACUCUGUGAAAGUGCUGAAGGACCCGUUGGUUUCGGGAGCAUAUGAUAUUUUCGAAUUGGUUCAUAAGGAGUUGCUGCCAACACCGGCGAAAAGUCAUUAUACGUUCAACUUGAGGGACAUUUGGAAGGUUUUUCAAGGUAUAUGUUCGCUGUCACCGAAGAAAGUUAGCGAUGCGGUUGUGGUCGUCCGCUGCUGGUGCCAUGAAAAUAUGCGAGUUUAUGCCGACAGACUCAUCAACGAUGAAGAUAGGGCGUGGUUUGAUUUGCAGUGUAGGAAGCGAAUACCACUUUUUCAAGGAAUCACAGAGCAGGAGGUCUAUGAUAAAGCGGCUAUUGUAUUUGGCGACUUCCUUUCUACUGGUGAUGAUAAGUAUUAUGUCGAGGUUGAAGAAUUGUCUAAAAUUCAGUCUACGAUGGAGGUGAGGGGACGAUAUGCGUUGCUUCCUGGUGAUGCUCUAAUCGCGGCUGGUAUGGUAUCAUAUUCGGGGCCUUUCGUCGCCUCUUAUCGUACAGCCUUUGAGAAGGAGUGGAUGAAGACAUGCGAUGAAGAAGGCGUUGGACAUUCGCCGGGCUGUAGAAUGCUGGAGGUAUUGGGUGAUCCUGUGAAGAUUCAGCAAUGGGUGGUAUGCAGUUUGCCGCAGGACACGUUAUCGGUUGAAAAUGCUAUUAUUAUUGAUACUAGUAGCCGUUGGCCGCUUAUGAUAGACCCGCAGAGGCAGGCGAAUAAAUUUAUAAAAAAUCUUGGCAAGCAAUCAAGUGAGGCGGGAAUUGAAAGUUGCAAGUUGAGCGAUCCGAAUUUUCUGCGGACACUGGAACUUGGUAUACAAUUUGGAAAGUGGAUUUUGUUGGAGAAUGUUGGCGAGGAGCUCGAUCCAGCAUUGGAGCCAAUUCUGCUGCAGCAAAAGGUGAAGGAUGGCUCCGGUUACGUUAUGAAAUUGGGUGAUAAAACGAUUAAUUACAUGGAAACGUUUAGACUGUUUAUUACUACUACGUUGCCGAAUCCUCAUUACUCGCCUGAGACAUCGGUGAAAGUGACUUUGUUGAAUUUCGCUAUCACAAUGGACGGUUUGGUGGAGCAGAUGUUGGGAAUUGUGGUUGCUAAGGAGGCGCCCGAGUUGGAGGAAAAAAAGGCGAAGUUGUUGAAGGACAAUGCGGAUAUGGCUAAGCAGUUGAAGGGAAUUGAAGAUGAGAUUUUGAGGUUGUUGGCGUCGAGUGAAGGGGAUAUUUUGGAGGAUGAAACGCUGAUUAAUACGCUGGCUGUUAGUAAAGAGACGAGCGCGGUGAUAAAUACUAAGGUUGAGGAGGCUAAGGUGACGGAGAAGGAGAUCGAUGAGGCACGGACAUCGUAUAGACUCGUGGCGUUCCGGUCCAGUCUGAUGUUCUUCUGUAUCGUCGAGCUUAUUACGAUCGACCCGAUGUAUCAAUUCUCUCUGCAAUGGUAUCAAAAUCUGCUAAGUUUGGGAAUUGAUAAUGCACCCAAGAGCGAGGUUCUGGAGGAGCGGUUGAACAUACUCAACGACUACCUCACCUAUUCAGUGUACCAAAACGUCUGUCGUGCUCUGUUCGAAGCCCACAAGCUGCUGUUUUCCUUCUCGUUGUGUCUCAAGAUCCUGCAAGGGGAUAAUGAGAUUGAUGAGGCGGAGUUGGGGUUCCUGUUGACUGGACCUAGGGGGAAAGCUGAAGGGCCGGCUGAGCCCCCAGCUGAAUGGAUUGGUCCGACCGAGUGGAACGAGAUUCUCACAUUGUCGCAACUACCUGCAUUUGAGGGCCUCACUGAGAAGAUCACAGCUGAUGUGGAUGGUUUCAAACGUAUUUAUGAUCAUCCCGAAGCUCAUGAGUGUCCGCUCCCAGCUGGUUUAGAUGAAUCGCUUGACUCCUUCCAGAAGAUGCUCAUUCUGCGCACGAUCAGACCAGGGAAGAUCACCAACGCUGUGGUUGGAUAUGUGACGGAGAAGUUGGGGAGGAAGUUCGUGGAACCUCCAACGUUUGAUAUUGCACUUUCCUACGGUGAUUCUACGUGUUUAACGCCACUUAUAUUUGUCCUGUCGGCGGGGUCGGAUCCCGUGGCUGAUAUGCUCACCUUCGCUGAAGAGAAGCAGAUGUCUAAACGGUUACAGAGUAUAUCACUUGGACAGGGUCAAGGCCCGAAGGCCUCGAGAAUGAUCGAGAGAUCGACUAAGUCGGGGGGCUGGGUACUUCUGCAAAAUUGCCAUUUGGCGAUCAGCUGGAUGCCACAGUUGGAGCGAAUCUGCGAGCAGUUGAGUGGGGAGGAGGUGAACCCGAGGUUUAGGUUGUGGCUGACGUCGAUGCCGAGCAAAGCGUUCCCGCCGUUGCUACUGCAGAAUGGUGUGAAAAUGACCAAUGAGCCCCCCAAGGGUCUGAGGGCGAAUCUAUUGAGGAGUUACGCUGGGUUGGAUGAUAAGACGCUGAGUGACUGUUCGAAGCCGGAGGCAUUUCAACCGUUGUUGUUUGGUUUUUGCUUUUUCCAUGCGGUGGUUCAAGAACGGCGAAAAUUUGGACCGAUUGGCUGGAACAUUCCCUACGGGUUUACUAUGGAAGAUUUGAUGGUGUGUCGAAGACAGUUGAAGUCGUUUAUUGACGACUACGAGGAGAUCCCGUAUAAAGUUUUGAAUUAUCUGGGAGCGUCUAUAAACUAUGGCGGCCGAGUGACUGACGAUAAAGAUAAGCGGUUGAUAGGGUGCAUUCUGCGGACAUUCAUUUGUCCUGAGGUCGUGGAGAGGCGUGGUCCGGAGGGUUACAAGUACUCGGCGUCUGGUUUAUAUUACUGUCCAGUUGGCACUACACAGUUGGAGUUCAUGGAGUAUAUCAAAACUCUACCGCUCGAGCCGUCACCGGAGGUGUUUGGCAUGCACGAGAACUGCAGUAUUGCAUUUGCGAAGCAAGAGUCUGACGAGCUCCUCUCUGGUAUACUGGCGAUGGCACCGCAGACGGGCAGUGGAGCCGGCGGUCAGUCUACGGCGGAGUUGAUGAAUGAGGUGGCGGAGGGAGUCUUGGAUAAGGUGCCUCAAUUGUUCGACAUGUUGGCCGUGGAGGAAGCCUAUCCACCGUUGUACGAGGAAAGCAUGAACACUGUGCUGAGACAAGAGGUUCUGCGAUACAAUCGUUUGCUAGAGGAGAUAAGGUCGACGGUUCCGGAGCUUCAGAGGGCCCUCAAGGGUCUGGUGGUGAUGAGUGAAUCACUGGAGAAGAUGGGGAGCGCCUUCCUGACCAAUCAAGUGCCGGAAGCAUGGGCCGAUAAAGGGUUCCUCUCGUUGAAGCCCCUGAGCUCCUGGCUGGCGGAUCUGAUCGAUCGCGUGGCGUUCAUGAAGAAGUGGGUUGAAAAUGGAGUUCCUCCGGCGUUUUGGAUCAGUGGGUUGUUCUUCCCUCAAGCAUUCCUCACGGGCACCCUGCAAAACUUCUCGAGAUCGAAGAAAGUCGCUAUUGAUAGACUCGCCUUCGACUUCACCAUAUUGGACGACCGUAGAGUGGAUGAAAUCACAGAGCGUGCUGCUGAGGGUGUCUAUGUUUAUGGUAUAUUCCUUGAAGGUUGCCGAUGGGAUUCAACAGCCCAUCUUUUAGCUGACUCGCUUCCCAAGGAGCUCUUCUGUGAACUCCCUCCUAUUCACUUCUUACCUGUGGUUGAUCGAGAGCAGCCGAAGGGUAUCCUCCGCUGCCCUAUCUACAAGUGGUUAGUCGUCGAGGCACACUGUUGA